AUGAGCAUCAACCCUGACGAGGCUGUUGCCUAUGGAGCAGUACUACAUGUUGCUUUGCCUACUAAAGGCAAAAAAUUUGUCCCCAACUUAGUGCUAUUGGAUGUUACGCCACUGUCAAUUGGUAUAUCUCUAAACGGAGAUCUCAUGAGUGUCGUGAUUCCUAGGAACACCACCAUUCCUGUUGUUAAAAAGAAAGGAUAUAAAAGAGCUGAAGAUUUCAAAUCCUCUGUCCCUAUUAAGGUUUACAAAGGUGAAAGAAGAAGAGCAAGCGAUAACAAUUUGCUUGGUUUCUUUAAUCUUAAUGGCAAUCCUAAAGCUCUUCGGGGUUAUCCUUUAACUGAAUGUUUCUGUAUAGAUGCUGAUGAUGAUGUAGAUAAUCCAAAAGAGAAAACGAAGAUCAACAAGGCAAUUGCAGAGGCAAUCAAAUUGCUUGAUGCUAGGGAGCAGACAGAAACAGAGGUUUUUGUGGAUCAAAAGUGCCUCAUCUUCACCUUCCCAGAAUUGCCAUAUAUGCAUCCUUUAGAAUAUCCCAUGCCUCCUUCCACGUAG